AUGCCGAAUUUGUUGGAGGAUCAUUUUGAUCCGACUUUUCAGUCCACCUCAAAAAAGCUGGUACUCCCUACGAAUCGAAAACAACCGGAAUAUGACAACGUCCCUGAAGAGCCUAGAGUGAACGACUUCUCAAGUGAUGAACUAAUGAAACUUCUCGCUUUUAUGGAAGGAGAAGUACAGGCAAGAGAAGACGUCAUUGACCAUCUGAAGAAGGAAAGAACCAAAAUCUUAUUGGCGGAAGCGAAAUAUGGAAAAUUGAAUAUGAAUGAUCCGUUUGCUGCAUUGAGAAGAGAUUCAGCUAUAACUGGAGAGCAGAUAAACGAGGAUAAAAUUGUGCAGAUGUACGAAUCACAGGUGGAUCAGUUGGAUAAAAUGAUGGAUGUUCAGAAGAAAUCGCAGAGGAAUGCAGCUGUGCUCCUCGUUGCCCUUGAAAAGAAGCAGCAUAAAUUGGUCAAAAAGCUGGAAGCUGAUAGAGAGGCCAAAAUAAGAUAUGCAAAACAAGGAGACGAUCUAGUCGCUCACUUGGAAAAGGAGAGAAAUCAAUUGCAACAGCAAAUCGAAUUUCACAUUGAGGAGAAAAGAAAAGCGGAGAUAGCAAAGGAUAAAAUGGAAAUGACACUUGGAAAUGAGAAGAAGCGACAUGAAUCGAUUGUGUUGUAUUUGAUACAAGAAAGAAAACAGAUGCUUCUGAAAAUGCACGAAUUGAGGGUUAAAGCUGAGAAAAUGAUGCUUGCACAGUCAUCGGAUCCUAAUAAACCUGGAUCAUCGAAUGCACUAAAUGAGCGAGAGCUGAUUGAAGAAUUGAAAAAAGAGGUCACUUUUUUGAGAGCUGAGAGAGAAUCUCUAACGAAGACUCAAAAAAUGGUGAAGACUGAAAAUUUGAGUCUUCGGGAAACAGUGAGAGGACAAGAGGCUGAUCUUCAGAUGUUGAGGAGGAAUCUGACACUGACGGGAGCAAAAAUGUCUAUCGAUAAACCCGGGCAUCAACUACCGCAACUGGCUCCUGAUUCCUUGGUAACGGCAAAUCGAGGGGCUAAAACAGCCCCUGCGACUCGUCCCCAACCGGCUCCCCAAGCAGCACGAAUUCCUAAUUCCAGUACAUUUCCAACAGAGAAAAGUAGGCUACCAAGAGCCCCUCCACAGACGCCAACAGCUCCAGCCCCUCGAGUUCCUAUUGGCAGUAUUCCAGCAUCCAGCUCUAAUCCACCCCGUACAAUGAGUUCUCCAGUAAAGAAAACUCCCGUAAUGGGAGUCUCCUCUACAUCCGUACGUCGUCCUCAAUCCGCAUCAUCUACAAUGCCAAUGACUUCUGUGAUAACGAAUACAUCUGCUGUGAGACCUCUGUCUCCCGAAAUUGAAAAACUGGAAGCGGCACUACAGUCGAUAAGUGCUGGUCCUGCAACGAACGUAGCAAGCGAACGUAAAAUGUCUGGCACUGUGAAGCGAAAUGGAAUACUUGCAAAAGCCUUCGGAUCCUCUAAAUAA